GCAAAAGUUCACAGCAAUACGUGAAGAAGCAGCUCGCUGUUUACAUAAUACCCUGGUGAACCUUGAGAGGCACCAGGAAGAGCGAUGCCGUCGAAAAUACCAGGCUUUGAAACAAUUGAAGUAUUUCAGAAGUGAUAUGGAGAGAAUAAGACAGCUGGGCAUGACAGCUGAAACAGAACAUGAUGAAGAUGGACUAAACUGGUUUUCUGUAUUGCUUGCCAGACUCCCAGAGUCUGUGAAGAGUGACCAUUAUGUACAGAAAAUCCUAAAUAAACUGGAAAAAUACAGCAAGAUUCCAGACUUGAAAAUUCGUCCAGACACUUUUCUUAUGGCACUGGGUAAUCUCCAGGUGUGGGAGCUGUGUUAUCCAGAAAUUGCUGCAGCUGUGGAGUUUGUACGUGAAAGUAUCGUGCAGAUGCCAGAAGAGGACUUCAGCAAGUGGUUGCAGACAAAGGUAGCCCCGCUCAGGGCACAGUCCACCUCUAAAUCAAACAGCUAG